AACGUCAAGCGUGUACAUCUAUGGCUGGCUCCAGCGUCCUUCCCUCCAACGUGGCUGGUAUCAGCAAAGAGCUGAUCGAACUGCAGCACCUCAUCCAGUUCCCAGAGGAGGUUGCCAGCAUUCUGACCGAGCAGGAGCAGGAGCUCUACCGGAAAGUCUUACCCAUUGACUACCUCUGCUUUUUAACCAGGGAUUUGGGUAAUGCUGAAUGUCAAAGCAAGCUGACGUCUAUUAAAGCUUCCAUAUCUGCUACUAUUCUUUCUUCCCCAAAUGGUGAACAUAAUGCUGUAGAAGAUCUAGUGACAAGGUUUAAUGAGGUGAGCUCAUGGGUUACCUGGCUGAUCCUGACUGCAGGUUCUAUGGAGGAGAAACGAGAAGUCUUCUCAUAUUUAGUACAUGUGGCAAAAUGCUGCUGGAAUAUGGGCAACUACAAUGCUGUAAUGGAAUUUCUGGCAGGACUGAGGUCAAGAAAAGUUUUAAAAAUGUGGCAAUUUAUGGACCAGUCUGAUAUUGAAACCAUGCGAAGUCUGAAAGAUGGUAUGGCACAACAUGAGUCAUCAUCUGAAUACAGGAAAGUGGUCAACCGGGCACUCAAUAUUCCAGGCUGUAAAGUCGUUCCUUUCUGUGGUGUAUUUUUAAAAGAGCUGUGUGAAGUUUUGGAUGGAGCAUCAAGCCUCAUCAGACUCUGUCCGCGAUAUAACUCCCAGGAUGAAACAUUAGAGUUUGUUUCAGAUUAUAACGGACAAGAUAAUUUCUUGCAACGAGUAGGCCAAGAUGGUUUAAAUAAUCCAGAAAAAGAAUCAACAGCAAACAAUAUCUUUCAAACUAUUCGGAGCUGCAAUCGCAGUUUGGAAUCUGAAGAGGGUGAAGAUAAUUUAAGCGAAGGGAGUGAUUCAAGAAAAAACUCUUUGAAGGACAAAAACCGGUACCAUGCAGCCCAUGUAAAGAAAGCUGAUUCAAACCGAGCUCUAUUUAUAAUUGGAGAUCUUUCAGAUUCUGAAAGUGAUAUAUUUGAGCAGUUGAAGGAAUGGGACACAAAUUCAACAGAAGAGCAACAAAAGGCUUUCUGCCACGGGAUAGAACUCAUUCCCUGGUACGUGUUAUCUAUUAGGGCUGAUGUCCAUCAGUUCAUGCAACAAGGGGCAACCGUCAUUCAUUAUGACCAGGAGACACAUCUCUCAGCGCGUUGCUUUCUUCAACUUCAGCCUGACAAUAGUACUUUGACUUGGACAAAACCCACAACGGUUUGCCCUGCAAAUGCCAAGGCAAAAUUGAGUGUGCUGGGUAAUACUGCUGAGCUGGGUAAAUACCAGUUUUUUGGUAAUACUGGACUCGUGGAAGGUUUUCUGGACUUGUUUUCAGCCAAGGCUGUAUACAUGGGACACUCUGGCAUUGAUAUGCACACUGUGUGUGUUCAAAACAAACUUUGUAAUAUGUCCCUUGAAGAAAAUGGUAUAACACUACUUUAUGGACUUCAGACUACUGAUAAUAAGUUGCUGCACUUUGUUGCUCCAAAAUAUACUGCCAGAAUGCUAUAUGAUGGAUUGCUGGAAUUGACUAAAGCUGUAAGAAAAAUGAGGAGAUUCCCUGAUCAAAGACUACAGUGGCUACGGAAACAGUAUGUCAGCCUUUACCAGGAGGAUGGAAGGUUUGAAGGUCCAACCUUGGCUCAGGCUGUUGAACUGUUUGGAGGCAGACGAUGGAGUGCAAGAAACACAAGCACGGGAACUCUCACCAAAACCACUGAGAAACCUAGUGUACAGAGAAACAACACUUUGGGAAUAAGCACAGCUAAGAAAAAGAAGAAAGUACUCUUGAGGGGUGAAAGUGGAGAGGCCACUGAUGAUGAAAUGGCAACUCGGAAGGCAAAAAGCUGUAAGGAGUAUCGUAAUAGAAGUGGUUCGGAUCCUCAAGAUAUUGAUGAACAGGAAGAACCAGAUCAAAAUAUUAUUAUUAAUGCUUCUCUAUCUAACAACCUGCCAUCAAGAAGAGCUCACUCUCUGACAGCAUCUGGAUCUCCUAAUUUAGGAGCUACAACAUCUUCACCAGCAAGACCAGUCUCCUCUCCUGUAAUGCCUUCAAGCAAGAGUCAGUCUAGCACAUGGAGCAGCAGUAGCUGGCACGGCCGCGUUAAAGGAGGAAUGAAGGGGUUUCAGAACUUCAUGGUGUCUGACAGUAACAUGACGUUUGUCGAAUUUGUAGAGCUCUUCAAAUCUUUCAGUGUCCGUAGCCGCAAGGAUCUGAAAGACCUUUUCGAUGUCUAUGCUGUGCCUUGUAAUCGAUCUGGUUUAGAGCCUGCUCCACUUUACACUAAUUUGAAGAUUGAUGAAAAUAGCAGUGGAUUCCAGCCUGAUUUAGAUUUGUUGACUAGGAAUGUUUCAGACCUUGGUUUGUUCAUUAAGAGCAGGCAGCAACUGUCAGACAACCAGAGGCAAAUAUCUGAUGCUAUUGCUGCUGCCAGUAUUGUAACCAAUGGUACUGGAGUUGAAAGCACAUCGCUGGGAAUAUUUGGAGUGGGAAUCCAGCAGCUGAAUGACUUCCUAGUGAAUUGCCAAGGAGAACACUGCACCUAUGAUGAAAUCCUCAGUAUUAUCCAGAAAUUUGAACCCAGUGUUAAUAUGUGCCAGCAGGGGCUGCUAUCUUUUGAAGGAUUUGCAAGAUAUCUGAUGGAUAAAGACAACUUUGCCUCCAAAAAUGAUGAGUCACAAGAGAAUGCUGAGGACUUGCACUUUCCACUGUCGUAUUACUACAUAGAAUCUUCACACAAUACUUACCUUACAGGCCAUCAGCUUAAAGGGGAGUCUUCAGUCGAGCUCUACAGCCAGGUCCUUUUACAAGGCUGCAGAAGUGUAGAAUUAGACUGCUGGGAUGGCGAUGAUGGCAUGCCUAUCAUUUAUCAUGGACACACUCUAACUACCAAGAUCUCUUUUAAGGAGGUCGUUGAAGCUAUUGAUCGCAAUGCAUUUAUCACCUCCGACAUGCCAAUUAUCAUAUCAAUAGAAAACCACUGUUCAUUGCCUCAGCAACGCAAGAUGGCUGAAAUUUUCAAGAACGUAUUUGGAGAUAAGCUGGUAACAAAGUUUUUAUUUGAGAGUGACUUUUCUGAUGACCCCAUGCUUCCUUCACCUGGACAACUGAAAAGAAAAAUCCUGCUUAAAAACAAGAAGCUGAAAGCCCAUCAAACACCAGUGGAUAUAUUGAAACAAAAGGCUCACCAGCUGGCGCAUAUGCAAGCACAGGCCAGCAACGGUGCUAGCAACCCCACACCUACCAAUGAAGAGGAAGAAGAUGAAGAGGAUGAAUAUGACUAUGACUAUGAAUCUCUCUCCGAUGCUGAUGUCCUUAAUGCUUCGCCUGCUCCUAACAGCCAGGAAGAUAACAUUCUUGAAGACCGACCUGAGAAUAAAUUAUCAAGUGAUAAACUGCAGUUUGAAUAUAAUGAAGAGACUGCCAAACGAAUAAAGAAGGCUGAUUGUGCUACGUACAAUAAUAAAGGAAAGGUGUACGAUAUGGAGCUGGGUGAAGAAUUCUAUCUUCCGCAAAAUAAGAAGGAAAGCAGGCAGAUAGCUCCAGAGCUAUCAGAUCUUGUCAUUUACUGUCAAGCUGUAAAGUUCCCUGGCUUGUCAACUCUAAACCCAUCUGGCUCUAGCAGAGGAAAAGAAAGAAAAAGCAGGAAGUCCAUUUUUGGCAACAAUCCUGGCAGGCUGAGCCCUGGGGAGUCAGCUACUCUUGCCAAAGCAUCUGGAAAAGGUCCUUUUGAUGUGAUGCGGCAGACCUGGGAAGAUCCUUGCUCUCCUUACAACUCUCCAGCUUCUCUCAGUGCUAUCAUAAGGACGCCCAAGUGCUACCACAUCUCCUCCCUGAACGAGAACGCUGCCAAGCGGCUGUGCAGGCGGUACUCUCAGAAGCUGAUCCAGCACACCACCUGUCAGCUCCUGAGGACCUACCCUGCUGCCACACGCAUUGACUCCUCAAAUCCCCAUCCACUGAUCUUCUGGCUCCAUGGCGUACAGCUCGUGGCUCUUAACUACCAAACAGAUGAUCUUCCUCUGCAACUUAAUGCAGCGAUGUUUGAGGCUAAUGGUGGCUGUGGAUAUGUUUUGAAACCUCCUGUUAUGUGGGAUAAAAAUUGUUCAAUGUACCAGCAGUUUUGUCCGUUAGAAAGAGAUCUUGAUAAUAAGGAGCCAGCUAUAUAUUCUUUAACAAUUGUGUCUGGACAGAACGUCUGCCCCAGCAACAGCACGGGCAGUCCCUGCAUCGAAAUCGAUGUGCUGGGGAUGCCUCUGGACAGCUGCCAUUUCCGGACGAAGCCCAUUCAUCGCAACACUCUCAACCCCAUGUGGAACGAACAGUUCCUCUUCCGGGUUCACUUUGAAGAUUUGGUCUUUCUUCGGUUUGCAGUUGUUGAAAAUAACAGCUCGGCUGUGACAGCUCAGAGAAUCAUUCCUCUAAAAGCUCUAAAAAGAGGCUAUAGACAUGUCCAGCUCCAUAACCUGCACAAUGAAGCAUUAGAAAUUUCUAGUUUGUUCAUAAACAGUCGGAGAAUGGAAGAAAGUCCCUCUGGAAACACUCUGCCUGCAUCUACGUUGUUUAGCAUGGGGGAAAAGAAAGCUGCUGUGACUCACAAAGUGACAAUUCAUGGAGUUCCAGGCCCAGAGCCUUUCACUGUUUUUAAUGUAAGUGGGGGGACCACAGCUGCACAGCUUCUCCAUCAGCUCUUGGCUACCACAAAAGACACAGAGUCAUGUGCUGCAGACUAUUUUCUGAUGGAAGAGAAAAGUUUUAUAUCUAAAGAGAAGAGUGAAUGCAGAAAACCACCAUUCCAGAGAGUAAUUGGUCCUGAAGAAGGCCUAGUGCAGCUUUUGAACAGUUGGUUCCCAGAAGAAGGAUAUGUUGGAAGGAUUAUCUUUAAAACCCGAGAGGAAAAUUUAAAUGAGAGAAACGUCUUUCAAGAAGCAAAGGAGGAUGCAGCCAUCAGCUCUGAGGAUGACAGUUUCUUUGUUCAGGUACACGAUGUCUCCCCAGAGCAACCGCGCACUGUCAUCAAAGCUCCCCGCUUUAGCACAGCUCAGGACGUCAUACAGCAGACUCUUUGCAAAGCCAAAUACUCCUACAGCAUUUUGAGCAAUCCAAAUCCAAGUGAUUAUGUGCUCUUGGAAGAGGUGACAAAAGAGCCAGCAAACAAAAAGUCCUCAACAUCUAAACCAUCUCAGAGGAUUCUCUCUGAUCAGGAGUGUGUGUUUCAGGCGCAAAGCAAGUGGAAAGGAGCAGGAAAAUUUAUCCUUAAACUCAAAGAACAGGUUCAGGCAGCACGAGAUGACAAAAGAAAAGGCAUUUCCUUUACCAGUGAACUCAAGAAGUUAACCAAGUCAAGUAAGCAGUAUCGGGGAUUCAUAUCGCCACCUCUGCAGGUCUUGCCGGACAGUCCACAGAGCAAGGACGAAAGGUCUGCAUGCAGUUUGACUUUUAGUGACAUUACGGAGUAG